UCCUGGCAGAGUUAGCUGCAGCCCACCUGGACCGCUGUCAGUCAGAUGAUGCUCCGCGCGUUUGAAGACAUCAGCGCUGCAGAGCUGCAUCACUACUUGUUGCUGCAGCUUCAGCACCAACAGCACCUCAGAGGCACAGCUAGAGCACGGAGAGACCGCACGCUUCGGAGGGCAGAGAGAGAGAGAGAAAAAAAAUGCGAGCUGCGUGUGUUUGGCCAUUUGUUGUCUGGAUGUUCGGCUCUCAGCGGGCAGCUGCGGAACAAACGCUCAACGACUCCUCACUUCUGGGAGAGGAGAUGUUCUCACACACGGAGAGUUUACUGAAUGUUUCGGCCAAGUCGGGGAACCGGACUUCGGGUGUUUUCCUGCUGGACUUCGACGACGGGAUGCUGGAGGACUGGCGCGCCCUGGCCAAUAGGAGGAGCAGGGCGAAGGAGUCGCAGGAGUGCUGGGUCAAGGUGCUGCUGGUGGCCGCCUACUCGCUCAUCAUCGUGGUGUCUCUGUUCGGAAACACGCUGGUGUGCCAUGUGGUGGCCAAAAACAAGCGCACUCAGUCCUCCACCAGCUUAUUCAUCCUGAACCUGGCCGUGGCCGAUAUCUUCAUCACAGUGCUUAACACACCGUUCACUCUGGUCCGCUUUGUGCACAGGACCUGGGUGUUUGGGAGGACAAUGUGUCACAUCAGUCGCUUUGUACAGUAUUGCUCUCUGCAUGUGUCCACUCUGACCCUCACCGCCAUCGCUCUGGACCGAAGACAGGUGAUACUGCAUCCGCUCAGACCGCGGAUGACCCCAGCUCAAGGCGGUGUUUGGGUGGCUGUUAUCUGGAUAAUGGCCAGCUGCUUUUCCCUACCACAUGCAAUCUACCAGAAACUCCUGACUUUCACCUACAGCCCAGAAAUGGAGCGCAGCCUUUGUGUCCCAGAUUUCCCUGAGCCAUCAGAUGUCUACUGGCAGUACAUUGAUCUCCUGACCUUCAUUCUGCUGUACAUGCUGCCGCUCCUCAUCAUCACUGCGUCCUACACCACGGUGGCUCGCAGGCUGUGGCGCCACAACGCCAUUGGCGACACGACCACAGCUCAGCACGCCACGCAGAGGAGGAAGCGGCGGAGGACCUUGGCCAUGCUGCUCCUUGUGGUCGGGGUGUUUGCCGUCUGCUGGUUUCCGCUCAACUGCUACGUGGUGCUGCUGUCCAGCCAGGCUAUCCACUCCUCAAACACCCUCUUCUUCUGCUUUCACUGGCUCGCAAUGAGCUCCACCUGCUACAACCCUUUCAUUUACUGCUGCCUGAAUCCCACCUUCCGCCAGGAGCUGCGGCUGCUCCUCGACAGGUGCCGCCUGAGGCAGAGAGCGGCGGUCGGGUUGGAGCCCCAGCGAGGCCCCCCGGUUGCCUGUGCUCCAUGUCACCGAGCCGCCUGGCCCGACAACCACGAGUCCUCCAGGCCGAGCCACGCUUUGUCACGCCCAGGCCAGGACUCCUUGCAGCAGAGUCAUGCCUCCUCCAGUCAGAGCCACAACCUCAAAGACGCACACGUGCUCUUCACGGCCAGGCAUCCCCUCACUGGGAAAACAGACAUCUUCUCGGUGGAGCCCAUAGUGGCUGCGCGAUAACUAGACACAGCUGCACUCCAGCUCAGCUUUAAACUCCUACAAAGGUUUCUUCUUAACAUUUCUGUUGUGUUCAUUGGUCUUUAUUAGGUUGUUUGUUCAGUAAUGUUCUCUAAAAACCCUCUGAGGCCUUCGAAGAACAUUUGGAUUUCUACCGAGUUGAAAUUACGCACAGAUGGACUCCAAUUUACAAAUGAAGUGGCUUCAGAAGGCAGACGACCACACUGGAUUUCAUCUCGGAAUAUCUGAAGUAAAAGGGAUUGAAUGAAACUGCAAAUAGCACUUUCCCAAUAUUUAUCGUUAACAAUAUGGAAUUGUCCUUUUUCUUCUACUUCACAUUCAUGCACCGAACUCAAGAGUGUAAAUAAGGAGUGCUGAACAAAAAUGCAUUGCACACUUAUUUAUGUUUGCGAAAAAGAUGAAAACCAUUCUCCUUUUUCCUUCGGUUUUACAAUUAUGCACCACUUUGAUGUCUUGUACAUUUAUUCCACAAUGUCGGCACUUUGUUUAUAUAACACUCACACAGUCUUAGCGUUCAGGUGGAACGUGGCAAAUGUCACAACCAGACAGGGGUUGUCCUGUCAGAUCGUCAGUUCCUGAAACGACACUCUGUGUGGACACUGCUGACACAGUAAAAAACUUGUAGGGCCCAAAUUAGGUCAUCUCUUAAGACUCCGGGAGGGACAAAAAAGACUUUAUCAUGAGGUCUAUUCAGUGUUAUCUCCAUUUUGGGGCUUCUGGAUGGUUGGAAAAGAUCUAUUUUUGAUUUUUGCUCUAACUUUUUUUUUCUGUGUACAUAGAGUUCCUCUACUAAGAUCUUAACAUAUUUUCAUAAAUGUAGAGCCAAAAAUGUAAGUCAGAAGUUUCCUGGAUAUGCGUUUCUUGCUAUAAUGGUGUUAAUAAAAGUGGAAAAUCAUGGAACAAACAAUACUUAAGUCAAAAGACGCUGUGAAAAAUAGACAUGGACGUCUCAGUGGAACUUCUUUCAGAGCCAUACAACAAAAAAGGACUUUUUUUUCCCGGUGUAAUACCCUCCCCCCCUCCACACACACACACAAAUUACUGCACUCCAUCUUUACUAUACUUUUGUUUACAUCUCUCGCUUUCCAUUUUGCACAUUUUCGCUAUUUUUCCACACAUUAUCACAAUUCAUCAACUGCGUUGCCACUUUGCUUUAACACUUCUUCACCAUUAUGUACGAUGUUACAGCUUCUGUUAUGUGUCACAGCAAAAUCUUAUGUCAGUUGCUAGGAAUGUAUUUUACACUGUGAGCACAAUGACAUAAAAAUAUGCAACUACUAGCAGAGCCUGUAUAUGAGGUAUGGAAAAACUGUAUCUGGAUUCUUGACUGUAAAGGUAAGACUUUCACUUUGACAUUCAGACAAAGGUGAGAUAAACCCUUUCUGGAAACAGCCUAGUGCCAGCCUGUUUGGCAAAUCAGUCUGUCAAAUGGUAUAAAGGACUAAAGCAGCUGAAUCAGAUAGAAACACAGAUACACUUGGCACAAAAGGAAAGCAAAUUGUGUUGGUUUGAUUGCUUUUUUUGCUUUAACAAUGCCUCUUGGAUUUGAAAGCCCCUUCAUUUCUCCUUAAAUGGUGCCACAAAAUGCAUUGGUGGGUUGAGCAGCAGAGAGUAAACUAUGGGUUGUGCAGAUGAAAAAUAACUAAAUCAUUUUUGUUAUAACCUGACAACUUAAUUUGCAAUUGACUACUGGUUUGUGUCCAUUUCUUGAUUAGAUAAUUUAAGAAUGAAGAAACAAGACACUGUCUAUUUUCUACCCAGGGGGCUCAGCAGCGCUUAGCCUUUCAUAAAUACAUCUUGGCACCUCCAAGAUCCCAAGAUCACCAAACUGGUGACCAGUUUGGUCAGCAGUGUUUAACCAAGCUGGUCACCAGUUUGGUCAAUCACUGCUGUGGGAUUACAUCCUGCUGUCAACCAGAUUUUGUAGGUCUGCUGGCAGAUUACUCUAUAAUCUCUCCGUCUUAAGAGUGGAGGCAUAGUUUCUGAUAAGCCUUGCUCUUAUACUGACAGCUUGGAGGGCAGACGUUGGUCUAGACUCUGAAUGAAAAGAUAUGGGUUGCACUGGUUGCAGAAUGUAUCAAGAAUAUCUCCCGUGAUGACGAGCCUUGAUUUUCCAGAGACAGAGAUGGCAUCUCACACUUUCACACUGCUUUUCACCAGAAGCUCUUUUGCAUUGGCAGAAAGGAUUGGCGAGUUUCCUCAACUCUGCUGCUGCUCAAACCACAAAUGCAUUUUCCUUUCAAAUGUGUCACAAUCCAAGGGGAAAUAAACAAGCUUCCUGGCGGUUUAAAAGUCACUGCCAAGAAGCACUGCUGGAAGGAAUCUACCAAUCACAAAUAUGAAUGGUCACUCAGUAGAUUUAUGAAUAUGCAAAUCUGUUUUAUUUUCAUUUUAUUUAUUUCUUCAUGCCUUUUAAAAUCUCAUUUUUCAAACAAUAUCAAAGGAGAGCUCAUUUUAUCUGAUUUAAACUUUUUCCCCCCACACCUUUCCCCAUUUCUUUUAUCUAAGAGUUUAAAGUUUUAAAGUUUAGAAUUGAUAUUCCAUUGUGACAUUUCCAUGUAAAUUUAUGCUUUAUUAUAAAGUUCAGAAAGCUCAGUUUUAAUGGGUGUAGCUUUGAUUCAGAUUAGAAUGGAUGAAUGUGUGAAUUCAACAAUCCUGUUUAAUAGGAAGUGAUAAAUAGCACAUUAUGCAUUUUUAUAGAAAAAAAUAAUCAUGACAGCCUGUAUUCUUUCGGUUCUGUCCUGAUUCUGCAUAAACUAGUUUUUUGGCAUUGUGAUGAGCUCAAACCUUUGGUCCAUCCUGGCUGCUUUUAGUAUAUAUAGCUCUUACUGCAUACAAUGCUACAUGCUAAUGCACUAAUGACUACAGGUCCUUCUUUGUACCGAGAAAUUUCAUUUAAGCUCAAAAGCAGAACUUGCUGACUUUCAGUUCAGAAAAAAAUCCCAGACUCCAACAUGUAACACCAUGGAUCCAGCAGAAUCUAUUAGCUUGUUGUGCUAAUUAGCCUGGUAGAUGUCACCAAGCGCAUCAACGCCUUCCAGCAUUGGAGGGUUAGCAUAAAUUCUGGGAAUUACAUCACACCCAAUUUAACCCAAAGGUUAAACAUUGAGGUUGCAAUGUUUUCAUUGCAACCUUAAAAAUGCCUGAAAAAUUAAAUACAUGUUUUCAGCAGAUCUAUUUACCUCUUUUUUUUUUUUUUUUUUUUUUUUUUA